GUGAAAGAUCAAGUCUUGCAUCGUCAUGGCUGUGGUAAUCCGACUCCAGGGUCUGCCAUGGUCGGCCUCCGCCAUGGACAUUCGAUCCUUCUUCUCGGGCCUCACCAUUCCCGACGGAGGGGUGCAUAUCGUGGGUGGGGACGCGGGGGACGCCUUCAUAAUCUUUGCCUCGGACGAGGACGCCCGCCAGGCGAUGGCCCGCACAGGGAACACGAUCCACGGCUCGCCCAUCACCCUGUACCUCAGCUCCCGCAAGGAGAUGCAGGACCGCAUCAACAUGAGCCGGAGCACCACCUUCGACUCCCCCGCUCCCGUCGCUACUGGCAACGUGGAGAAGACACAGUCUCCCGCUUUUGGUUCCCGCAACGUGGCCCCGAACGGCUCGUCUUAUGCCCCUCCUCCGGUACAGGAGAGCAGCUACAGCAGCAUGUCCUCCUCGAGCUAUAACUCCUCUCAGUUUAGCGCAGCACAGACGUGCAUUCAGCUGUUCGGCCUCAACACCAACGUCACAGUGUCGGAGAUCCACUCUCUCUUCUCUGGGUUGGAGAUCGCCAGCGAUGGCAUUGUCAUUGAGAUGGACCCUUUUGGUAACAAAACGGGCAAGGCCUUCGUCAAGUUCAAGUCUGUCCGCGACUGUUCGGCCGCUGUGCGUACUUACAAGGAGUAUCUGGCCGCCCGUCACAUUGAGGUCAUGUCUUGCACAGAGAGCCAGUGGCAGAUAGCUUACGACUUUGCUAAGGCCGUCCAGACCCCGGCCGUCAGCUACGCCAACACUAACACUGGGAUGAUGCAGAGGAUGCAGCCACAGCCUCGUCAGACCCAGCCCCCUCCCCAACACUCCCGUUCUCCCGUCAUGCCGAGAUCAGGAGCCCAGCAAAACCGGGCGCAAGGUACCCAGCGGCCUCGUUCUCGUUCCCCCAUUGAUCGCACUGACUCGAUGUGUAUAAGUCUGAAAGGUCUCCCUUACACCGCAAAGGACAAGGAUGUCCGUGACUUCUUCAAAGGCCUGGGCAUCAGAAAGGUCUGGAUUGACUUUGAGGAUGGUAAGGCUAUCGGCAGUGGGUUUGUUGAGUUCAAGUCCUAUGGUGAUCAGAAGGCAGCCCUCAGAAUGCAUAAGAAAUACAUGGGAAGCCGGUACAUCGAAGUCACCAGUGCACCAUCCACCGACAUGCAGAAGCAUAUUCAGAAGUUCCGUGAGACCAGAAAGGCGCAGAAUGAGAAGAAGAAGGCUGAAGCAGCGAAGAAAGCAGCUGCCGAAGCUGAAGUCAGGAAGGCUGAUGAUGCCAGAAAGAUGGAGGAAAACAAGCGGGCUGAGGAGAACAGAAGGGCCGAGUCUCGACGGGCAGAAGAGGCCAGGAAGGCUGCUGAUGCAGAAGCCAGAACGAAGAGAGAAGCAGAGGCCAAGAAAGCUGCUGAAGCAAGGAAAGCAGCGGCUUCAGCAACAGUGUCUGCGCCAGUGCCCACUCCUUCCCCUCUCAAGCGCCAGGCUUCGUCAGAACCGAUCUCCGAGCCCUCGCCGGCAAAGAAACAAGCAGUGGAGCCAACUCCCUCAGUCUCGCAUCCUCCCAAGAGCGAAGAGAAAGCAAAGCCAGAAAAAGUGUCACCCGAAGCAGCUGCUGAGGUGAAGGUUGAGUCAAAGGCUGACGAGAAAACUCCAGCAAAGGGGGCAAAGGCAGCAGAAGAUCAAUCGAGUAAGGCAGGGCCAGAAAAGGAGAAGGCUAAACAUGAAGCCGGGCAAUCUGAUCCCAAAGCUGAAGAAAAGGAGAAAGCUUCCAAGAAGCCAGACACCAAGCCCAAGAAGGGUUCAAAGUCCCCUGGAAAGGAGGCUAAAACUACCAAGGAGCUUGAUCCCAGGGCAAAGUGCUGCAUGCAUGUUUGGAACCUUCCUUACAAAGCGAGUAAACGGGAGAUUGAAAACUUCUUCACGGGCAGCACCAUUGCUGAGAGGGGUAUUCACAUGGUGUAUACCAAGACGGGAGAGUUCUCGGGCGAGGUCUUUGUUGAGUUUGUUAGCAUUUCGGACUGUGACAGGGCUUACAAGCUUCGAGCAAAGCGCCUAGGCGGUCGAAUGGCCCUUCUUCGACCCAUCUCACGGGAAGAGAUGAGGGACCGCAUGGCACGGCCUACACAACGCGACAUGCGUACCUCGGAUAAGGAUAGGGAUAGGCGGCAGCAAGACCGCAUGAUGCCUCAAGACCAGAUGCAGGAUCCCCCUCGCAGGGGGCCACAAGGCCCUCAGAUCCCAAGCUUGCUGGACCUGCCCUCCAAUGCCCCACUUGGCAGGAAUGUCGGCAUGCCUCCGUUCCAGCCCCAAAUGGGGGUGCAACAGGGCCCUGGGUUAGUCCCAGGGGGUAACAUGAACAUGCCGAACGUAGGCGGCCCCCCUGCCCCCGCAUUCAACACCAACGAACCCCUGAGCGACAUUGUCGGCAUCCAAAACCUCCCCAUGACAGCCACUAUGGAGGAAAUCCUGGACUUCUUCUAUGGCUACCCUGUCCUGAAAGACUCUGUCCACAUUCACAGGUCUGACCGUGGGGAUCCCACGGGUAAUGCGUCAGUGGCUUUCCCCACCCCCCAGGACGCCAUGAUUGCAACGCGAGAGUUGAAUGGCCGGCCGAUGGGCGUCAAGAAGCUGCGUCUCCUCCUCAUCUAGCCCUGGAAGCAGGUACCCGCCCAUGGCCACGUUGGUUCUACAAGACUUGGGAAGGGGUGUACGAUCUACAUGGAGGGCCCAGGCUGAUGUCAACACUCAAUCCAACUUUGUAAAUGUAAACAGUGUAGGUACUUAGCUGUUAUAGGACUUAGUUCUCAUGGUUGUUUUAUAAGUCAUACUUAUAAGUUUUACUUCAAGCAUAAUGGUACAAUGUUUUCAAAACUCCAGGACAUCAUUUUUGUUCAAACAAGUCAUUCCAUAAGAUUAAAACAAACAAAUGUACAUGUUAAGGUCAGGCUAUUGUUCACAUAACACUUAGACUUCAUUGUGUAGACUCUUCUGCUGUACUGGCAUUGUAAUUACUUCAAAUGAUCAUUAACUCUUAAAUGCUAAAAACACUAGACGAGUAGUUCAUUUUGUGAUCAGAAGUGCUGUGGCAGGGCUUGAAAUACCCAUAAGCAAUUUGUAAAAAGAUUUUAUUGAAGAAACAAAUGUUAACAACUUACAAUCAGAUAUGCUUUGAGAGUAUACAUACAGAUUCUGUGGAAUGAGUUACAUGAAGCAGAAAAUGAAAAGUGUUUCAAGCCCUGUCAGAGCCAAUCAGUUGGGAGUACUGAAUAGCACCUUGAUAACACACCUGUUAUAAGUAUGAUUGUUACUUCUUAAUGUAUCAUUUCUUGGACACUUCAAGCAAUGUCAAACUAGUAGUCUGUUAGAUGUUGAUGCUGAUGUUGCAGAUAAAAAUCAACAACAAGAGUUGUUGUUUCAUGUGAUUGGUGCCAUGUAACCACUAACAGUAUAUAAGAGAAUAACAAUGCCCAGUAUUUUUAGGGAGCAGCUCUUAUACAUGUAACAUUAAGUAAGAAAUGCAUGCACUAAGUGAAGUGUAAAUUGUCUUGAUUGCACAUUGUAUUUUGACGUCUAACAUUCAGCAUGAAAUAAAACUAAAGCAGGGAACAUUACAGAAUCCAAGGACCACUAAAAUAGUCAAGUAAGGAGUUGUAAAUGUGACAAGUACCCCUGCCCGUUUGGCAUAUGUUACAAUGAUUGGAAUGAUGGUACUGUGCAGUAUUUUACAUUUAUAGAGAUACCUAGUGUCCACUUUACUUAGUAAUUGCUUGGAAGAAGAUUUACUUUCACCAUUACGGAACAACCAGGAAGGAUUGGUGUGGAAGGGAUGUUGGAGCUACAUAUUUUGGAGAAGACUUACUAAGUAAACACUAGCCUGGGUGCCAUCCUUCAUAGUCCAUACUGCAUACCAAGUCUUUUUGCAUGCUAAUGAUGGUUGAGCUGGCAGUCACUAUGGAGGCCGGCAUCCGAGCUAGAUUUAUACAAAUCAUCCACUUGAAACAUUUUGAAUCCUCAACCAUCCUUCCUUGUUAGUUCCUCAUAGUCAUACUAAAUCUUUGAAGAAUUAUGUGU